AUGUGGGUCCCAGAGGAACCAACCUACACGAAAGUCAAUGUAUGGUUUACAGAGGAACUAACCUCACUGAAGUUCUAUGUGGUCCCAGAGGAACCAACCUACACGAAAGUCAAUGUGGUUACAGAGGAACUAACCUCACUGAAAUUCUAUGUGGUCCCAGAGGAACCAACCUACACGAAAGUCAAUGUGGUUACAGAGGAACUAACCUCACUGAAGUUCUAUGUGGUCCCAGAGGAACCAACCUCCCCGAAAGUCAAUGUGGUUACAGAGGAACUAACCUCACUGAAAUUCUUUGUGGUCCCAGAGGAACCAACCUACACGAAAGUCAAUGUGGUUACAGAGGAACUAACCUCACUGAAGUUCUAUGUGGUCCCAGAGGAACCAACCUACACGAAAGUCAAUGUGGUUACAGAUGAACCAACCUCACUGAAAUUCUAUGUGGUCCCAGAGGAACCAACCUCCCCGAAAGUCAAUGUGGUUACAGAGGAACUAACCUCACUGAAGUUCUAUGUGGUCCCAGAUGAACCAACCUACACAAAAGUCAAUGUGGUUACAGAGGAACUAACCUCACUGAAAUUCUAUGUGUUCUAUGUGGUCCCAGAGGAACCAACCUACACGAAAGUCAAUGUGGUUACAGAGGAACUAACCUCACUGAAGUUCUAUGUGGUCCCAGAGGAACCAACCUCCCACGAAAGUCAAUGUGGUUACAGAGGAACCAACCUCACUGAAGUUCUAUGUGGUCCCAGAGGAACCAACCUACACGAAAGUCAAUGUGGUUACAGAGGAACUAACCUCACUGAAGUUCUAUGUGGUCCCAGAGGAACCAACCUACACGAAAGUCAAUGUGGUUACAGAGGAACUAACCUCACUGAAGUUCUAUGUGGUCCCAGAGGAACCAACCUCCCCGAAAGUCAAUGUGGUUACAGAGGAACUAACCUCACUGAAGUUUCUAUGUGGUCCCAGAGGAACCAACCUACACGAAAAGUCAAUGUGGUUACAGAGGAACUAACCUCACUGAAGUUCUGUGGUCCCAGAGGAACCAACCUCCACGAAAGUCAAUGUGGUUACAGAGGAACUAACCUCACUGAAGUUCUAUGUGGUCCCAGAGGAACCAACCUACACGAAAGUCAAUGUGGUUACAGAGGAACUAACCUCACUGAAGUUCUAUGUGGUCCCAGAGGAACCAACCUACACGAAAGUCAAUGUGGUUAUGUGGUCCCAGAGGAACCAACCUCACUGAAGUUCUAUGUGGUCCCAGAGGAACCAACCUACACGAAAGUCAAUGUGGUUACAGAGGAACUAACCUCACUGAAGUUCUAUGUGGUCCCAGAGGAACCAACCUCCACGAAAGUCAAUGUGGUUACAGAGGAACUAACCUCACUGAAGUUCUAUGUGGUCCCAGAGGAACCAACCCACACGAAAGUCAAUGUGGUUACAGAGGAACUAACCUCACUGAAGUUCUAUGUGGUCCCAGAGGAACCAACCUACACGAAAGUCAAUGUGGUUACAGAGGAACUAACCUCACUGAAGUUCUAUGUGGUCCCAGAGGAACCAACCCUGAAUGUCACGAAAGUCAAUGUGAAGUUACAGAGGACCACUAACCUCACUGAAGUUCUAUGUGGUCCCAGAGGAACCAACCUCCCCGAAAGUCAAUGUGGUUACAGAGGAACUAACCUCACUGAAGUUCUAUGUGGUCCCAGAGGAACCAACCUACACGAAAGUCAAUGUGGUUACAGAGGAACUAACCUCACUGAAGUUCUAUGUGGUCCCAGAGGAACCAACCUACACGAAAGUCAAUGUGGUUACAGAGGAACUAACCUCACUGAAGUUCUAUGUGGUCCCAGAGGAACCAACCUACACGAAAGUCAAUGUGGUUACAGAGGAACUAACCUCACUGAAGUUCUAUGUGGUCCCAGAGGAACCAACCUACACGAAAUUCUAUGUGGUCCCAGAGGAACCAACUACACGAAAGUAACCCAAUGUGGUUCUAUGUGGUCCCAGAGGAACCAAACCUCACUGAAGUUCUAUGUGGUCCCAGAGGAACCAACCUACACGAAAGUCAAUGUGGUUACAGAGGAACUAACCUCACUGAAGUUCUAUGUGGUCCCAGAGGAACCACCCUCACACGAAGUCAAUGUGGUUACAGAGGAACUAACCUCACUGAAGUUCUAUGUGGUCCCAGAGGAACCAACCUACACGAAAGUCAAUGUGGUUACAGAGGAACUAACCUCACUGAAGUUCUAUGUGGUCCCAGAGGAACCAACCUCCACGAAAGUCAAUGUGGUUACAGAGGAACUAACCUCACUGAAGUUCUAUGUGGUCCCAGAGGAACCAACCUACACGAAAGUCAAUGUGGUUACAGAGGAACUAACCUCACUGAAGUUCUAUGUGGUCCCAGAGGAACCAACCUACACGAAAGUCAAUGUGGUUACAGAGGAACUAACCUCACUGAAGUUCUAUGUGGUCCCAGAGGAACCAACCUACACGAAAGUCAAUGGUUACAGAGGAACUAACCUCACUGAAGUUCUAUGUGGUCCCAGAGGAACCAACCUACACGAAAGUCAAUGUGGUUACAGAGGAACUAACCUCACUGAAGUUCUAUGUGGUCCCAGAGGAACCAACCUACACGAAAGUCAAUGUGGUUACAGAGGAACUAACCUCACUGAAGUUCUAUGUGGUCCCAGAGGAACCAACCUACACGAAAGUCAAUGUGGUUACAGAGGAACUAACCUCACUGAAGUUCUAUGUGGUCCCAGAGGAACCAACCUACACGAAAGUCAAUGUGGUUACAGAGGAACUAACCUCACUGAAGUUCUAUGUGGUCCCAGAGGAACCAACCUCCCCGAAAGUCAAUGUGGUUACAGAGGAACUAACCUCACUGAAGUUCUAUGUGGUCCCAGAGGAACCAACCUACACGAAAGUCAAUGUGGUUACAGAGGAACUAACCUCACUGAAGUUCUAUGUGGUCCCAGAGGAACCAACCUACACGAAUGUCAAUGUGGUUACAGAGGAACUAACCUCACUGAAGUUCUAUGUGGUCCCAGAGGAACCAACCUACACGAAAGUCAAUGUGGUUACAGAGGAACUAACCUCACUGAAGUUCUAUGUGGUCCCAGAGGAACCAACCUACACGAAAGUCAAUGUGGUUACAGAGGAACUAACCUCACUGAAGUUCUAUGUGGUCCCAGAGGAACCAACCUACACGAAAGUCAAUGUGGUUACAGAGGAACUAACCUCACUGAAAUUCUAUGUGGUCCCAGAGGAACCAACCUCACGAAAGUCAAUGUGGUUACAGAGGAACUAACCUCACUGAAGUUCUAUGUGGUCCCAGAGGAACCAACCUACACGAAAGUCAAUGUGGUUACAGAGGAACUAACCUCACUGAAGUUCUAUGUGGUCCCAGAGGAACCAACCUCCCGAAUAGGAACUAACCUCACUGAAGUUCUAUGUGGUCCCAGAGGAACCAACCCCACGAAAGUCAAUGUGGUUACAGAGGAACUAACCUCACUGAAGUUCUAUGUGGUCCCAGAGGAACCAACCUACACGAAAGUCAAUGUGGUUACAGAGGAACCAACCUCACUGAAGUUCUAUGUGGUCCCAGAGGAACCAACCUACACGAAAGUCAAUGUGGUUACAGAGGAACCAACCUCACUGAAGUUCUAUGUGGUCCCAGAGGAACCAACCUACACGAAAGUCAAUGUGGUUACAGAGGAACUAACCUCACUGAAAUUCUUUGUGGUCCAAGAGGAACCAACCUCCCCGAAAGUCAAUGUGGUUACAGAGGAACUAACCUCACUGAAGUUCUAUGUGGUCCCAGAGGAACCAACCUACACGAAAGUCAAUGUUACAGAGGAACAACCUCACUGUUACAGUGGUCCCAGACCUCACUGA